CAUGCAGCAUACUGGUGCUCAAGGCUAUAAAAAUGGAAGUUUUCGUCAGCUGGCACAAACCGACCAGAGGCAAGCUUAGAAGAAGUAUAUUUACUGUCCUCCUGAACUAACCCAAGAUGUUAAAGAACCUGUUUAUUCUUGGCUUGGUGAUCACUCCAAUCUUCGCCCAAGCUGGCGGCGGGGGUGGCGGUGGAGGCGGUGGCGGUGGCACCAACGGCGGAUCUGGUUACGGUUUUGGAGCAGGCUUUGGUUUCGGCCAAGGCAAUAGUGCUACCGGUGCCAGCGGCGGCGGCGGCGGCGGCGGCGGUGGUGGAGGUGGCGGAAGCGGUGGCCCCAACGGUGGAUCUGGCUACGGCUCUGGAGGCGGCUUUGGUUUCGGCAGCGGAAAUGGUGCCGGCGGUGGUGGCGGCGGUGGCGGUGGUGGCGGCGGUGGUGGCAGUGGCACCAACGGUGGAUCUGGCUACGGCUCUGGAGCAGGCUUUGGCUUUGGCCAGGGCAAUGGCAGACGCUAAUAUAGCCGUCUAUUUUAAAAGAGGAGAGGCAAAACUGUCACUUAAUGUUGUCGAAAACACGUCUCUUUGACAAGGAUUGAACAAGACAGACAUCGUAAAGCUCUGUAUCGUCAGAAUAAACGACUAUAAAGAUUUUGUGACUUUGACACUAAAAAAGAAACCGUUUGAAAGCGAAGAAGAUUUAUAGGGUGCGCCUCAUAUUGUCUAUCAGUUAAACCAAAAUUAAAUCAGCUGUUACCAAGUCUUAUUCACUGUUAAAUAAACAUUU